AAUCCUCCACGGCGCAUGCUCGGCGCCAUAAUGAACCAGGACCUGUGUACAAAGCUCUCGCCGAUCGAGGAAGUGGAGCUUUAUUCCGACAUUUCCUACGUCAACAUCGCCGUGUGGGCCUCCAGGAUAGCAUGGCACAUGUGAUCGCAGUUUCUCCCAGCGCCCGGACGUGAUUUGAAGCCGGAAUGAAGCGUCUGACGCUGAAAAACUUGAAGCGCUCCCUGCACCACCAAAGUAAACAAGGUGGGGAGGGCGAGGGCAUAGAGGAGACGUACAGCGACUCGGAGGCGACGUGUCGCGGGGAGGACUCGGACGAGUCUGCCGAGGUCCCCGGGAGGAGGCUGCGGCGGGCGGGGACGCUCCCCUACCCCUCACGGCGGCGGCGGGAGCGCGAGGGCUUCAUGAGCACCAUCCGGCACCGGCUGAAGAUCGGCAAGGGUGCGCAGGAGAACUGGACAGAGGAGGAGGCAGGGGAUCAUGAGGAGGAGGCGGCGUUACCCACUCGCCGGGCGGCGCGCUCCAAGUCCAUGAGAGUCCGUAAGAAGGAGCCCACAACUGUCGCCCUGCGCCCUGCCAACUCAGAGGAGAACCUGAGUCAGAGGAAAGACUCCCAUUACUGGAUGCGCAAACUAAAAGAGAAGAACAGAAAGGACCUUCCCGCACCUCCACAUGAUGAGGAUGGUGAGGAAGAUCAGAAUGGAGAGAUCACCAUGGACAUCUGUCACAAGAAAGUGGAGAGAAAGGACUCAUCUGACUCCAGAUCUUCUAAAAGUAGUAAAAGUAAGCACUCUCCGUUUACCGUGUCAUCUAUAAACUGUACGCAGGAGAAGCCCACGUCGAGUGAAAAGUCACGGCUCAAGGCGCUGCGGUCCUUUUUGACUCUGCCAAGACGCAGUUUUAAGAAGAAGGGGUCGAAGGAAAAGGGGGAGCCAGAUAGUCCGGACAAGAUUUCAUCCAAUGGCGUGUCCCCUCGCGCCCUUCCCCCUUGUCCGUCACUGACAGAGUCACAUGACAUUUUCAACGGUGCCAGUUCAACGGUCCCCAGACCGCGCAACGGGAACAACGGAUCGUCUUACGAGCCAUAUGACGACGAGGACAAUGAGCGUAAAAUUGCGUCGUACGAGCAAGUCGGGGGCCGCGUGCACGUCAACCACAGCCUGACGGAGGAGCUGCGGAAGUUAGUCAGACACGGCUGGUACUGGGGUCCGAUAUCGCGCGCAGAAGCGGAGGAGAAGCUCGCGCACCUCUCAAACGGUUCGUUCCUGGUACGGGACAGCUCGGACGACAGGUACCUCCUCAGCCUCAGUUUCAGAUCGUACGACAGGACAUUCCACACGCGCAUCGAGCACUGUAAUGGGAUAUUCAGCUUCUACUCGCAAGUCGAGUCUGAGGGCCAUAAAUCCAUCGUAGACUUGAUAGAACACUCGAUGCGCGAAUCGCAGUCUGCCGUCUUCUGCUACUCCCGCUCCCGGACGCCCGGCGCACCGUCAUUCCCCGUAAGACUGACCAAUCCGGUGUCGCGAUUCACACAGGUGCGGACCCUACAAUACCUGUGCCGCUUUGUGAUUCGCCAGUACACCCGCAUUGACCACAUCCAGUUGUUGCCGCUCCCGACCAAGAUUCGGGAGUACCUGCAAGAGUGCCAUUACUGAGACACAACGUGUUGAGAAGAGAGUCAAACUAACAUCCGUCUAAGUAAGAGACUAGUUUGUGGAAAACAACAACCCUGUACAAUAUAACACUCAAAAUUAUAUUGUUCAUAAUACAGCAAUCAUGAGCAUUUUCAAAUCUUACAUCGUCCAAUUGACCCCUGCAAUAUUUGUUUUAGAUGAGCAACUGACCUGUUUUUUCUCUAGCUUGAAUUUUCACUAAGAAUCGGAUAAGACUAAUAGACACAUUUGCUUAAGUUGGUCACCCCAGCCUGACAUUGUGUACUGUAUUUAUAAUGAAGCAGUGAAAUUCUAACAAGUAGUGCUAGGAAUGGGAGUGUAAACAGUG